AUGGGAGAAUCUGACGAUUCUAAAGUUAACGAACUACAACUCUUUAACCCACGCAAGCGUCUCCGUUUAGAGCAACUUCUGCCUCAAAAACUAUCGCAACUUCCAUUGAAAAAGCAGAAGUCCAAACAUCUUCCUAGAGGAUCUCAACCACCGGCGGAAUUUUGGGAUAACCUAUCGAAGAUUUGGUUGACCGAAGACGCAUUAGAAGACCAGCCUGUCACUCGAAGCGUUGUUGCUAAGUGGAAGAAUAAGUGGGAGCAUACUCAACCUGCCACUGACUCUCUCGCCCGUUACUCUGCAGAGGAUAUACAGCUGGUUGCUCGACACGGUGGUCUAGAUUUGUCGGACAUUAUAGGUUAUCGCAAUCCCCUCUAUUGCAUAAUGAGCUCGAAGCAGUCUAUUUCUAGGGGUCGAAAACGGAAAUUGACAACUCCUUUGAAUACCAAAUCUACUACACAUACUACAACUACCGAGAAUACCGGGCCCUAUGAUCGCAAUUUUCAACAAGCCCUCAUUGACGGUGGUGUAUACUCUAACAACUAUCGGCAUCCUGAUGGCAUGAUUCCUAUCAUCGAAGGCAACAUUGAAAAGGCUGAAUACUCUUCGGGAGGAAUCCCGUUCACAAAUUUGGACGAUCUAACGGCUGCCGCGCUCGUGUCGUUUGGUAAUCCGGACCGCUACUACGGCUCCCGACCCGAACGACUCAGCCUACAAGUUCGAACCAAGCUUAGCAACCAUAUCAUCCCUUCGACGCAGCUCGACCUUCCUGUCGCGCCGAACUUCGUGUUGGCAGUAAAAGGCCCGAAUCGGUCCUUCAGUGUGGCACAACGACAUGCAAACUACGACGGUGCGUUAUGUGCGAGAGGUAUGAAUAGUCUGCAAUCAUACGGGCAGGACGAAACGGCGUACGACAACAAUGCCUCUACCAUUACGUCAAUCUAUUACGGUGGCUGCCUCAAUAUGUACACGAGCCACUCCGCACAACCAAAUGGUCCCGGGAGUCGACCUGAAUACUACAUGACACAAAUUAACGCAUGGGCCAUGACUGGAAAUGUUAAAGCCUUCCGAGAUGGGGCUCGGGCAUUCAGAAAUGCCAGAGAUUGGGCAAAGGAGCAAAGGGAUGAAGCAAUCAGGCAAGCGAAUACAAGAGCAAAUGAUAUCAAAGUUUCUACCUUUGUCGCUACCGCAUCACCAGGAGUAACCCCCGAGUCUCAGAGCCAACAGUCUCUCAGCACGCAAAUUGUUGCCUCCAACACAAGCAAACCCCCGCAUCAAGACUCGGAUAAAUCAUCAGAAGACUCGGAUACAUCAUCAGAUGAGCUUGCGAGAGAUAUGACACCACCAGCAAAACGUUCAAAGUCGUAA